CGUGACAUAAACAUGGCGGACGACACAAACACGAAUCCAUUUUUGAGUGAUGAAGACGAUUUUCUUGAAAACGAGCCUGAAGAUGACAACAAAAUCAAAGUUCAGACAAACGAUCCCCAAGAGGUGUCUUGGGACUCUAUUGCUUCAAAACUUUUAAAGGAGAAAUUAACUUUAACAGCUCUAGAACUACACACAGAACUUGUUGAAGCUGGAAGGGAGCUGCCAAGAUUGAGAGAUUUUUUCUCAAAUCCAGGAAAUUUUGAGAGAUCCAAGGAAGAUUCCCCACCAUCAACAUUACCAAGGACAUCAAGUAUACAGACUUUUGACUCAUUGGAUUUUGCAAGGUAUUCAGAUGAUGGAGAAAGACAAGUUGAUGAGAGAGUAGCAGUGCUUGAGUUUGAGCUAAGGAAGGCCCAUGACACAAUAAAGUCACUAAGAGCGAGUCUUACUAAGGAAGCAGAGAAUGAACAUGUUGCCCCGGAGACGAUGAAAGAGGAAGGCCGGGAAGGUUUGUUUACUGAUGAUACUAUCAGACCUAUGGAGAAGAAAGCUAUCAACUUUAUUGUGAAUGAGUACCUUCUUCAGAUCAACAAUAAGCUGACUGCAGUUACUUUCUCUGAGGAGAAUGAGGACCAGAACUUUGAGGACUGGGAUGAUGUCGGCCUGAAUGUUCCACAACCCCCACCUCUACUCCACUUGUACAGGGACUACAACAAUCAUGUGAUGCCAGAUAAGGAUGUUGUCCAUAUUGAUUGUCAGACAGAUGUUGAUGGUGAUACUGUGGAUAAACUUCAGGAAUCUGUCCAAAAGCUGGAAGAAGAGUUAGCUAUUGUGAAAAAACAUAUGGGAGAGAAAAUCACAGGUCUAGAGGAGAAGUUGUUAAAUAAAGACAAGGAAAUGUUACGGCGAAGAGGUGUUGCUGAGGGGUCAGAAUCAGAGCCUCCUCCUAGUCCACUGAAUGAACAGUCUAUAUUCGAUGACAUUCCACCUGGUGGUUACUCACCAGAGAACCAGUCUGACCUGAGUGAGGAAGAAGAACUGCAACAUUGUGACUGUGAUCACAGUCAAAAUGAAAAGUGCCCAGUCUGUGUCAGGGUGCAAUCUCCUGAAGUAUACAGACUUGAUUUUACUGAUGAAGGGGACCAGUCUGGGGAUCAGGAAGGCUUAGACCGUGUUAGUGACAAAAAUGAAACAGAAAGUACUGUUAGUGAAUUAAGAAAGGUUGUGAAUGAUACAGAAGACCAGUCUAUAUGUGAUACUACAAAGGUUGAUCAUGAGAAUUCCAUGCAUAAUGCAGCUAAUGAAGCUAGAACUGAAAACUCUGAAACAGUUCCAAAGCAAGCUGAAAAUGUUAAUGCAAAAUCAAAAUGUUUACCCACUGGAAUGCAAACUAAGGAAAAAGAAGGGACACAAGCAAAAAGAAAAGGGACGAAAUCAAAAGACAUAUGGACAGAUUCAAAUAGUUCUGGUAAAAAGAAACAUGACAUAUCAGAUAGGAGAAAGGGAAGUAAAUACAGUCAUGCUAAAAGAGAGAAACAGGAUAGUCAGGGUUUUGAAACAAAUAAAGCUGGGAGAAAAAUGUCAUCUGCAUUUAGCAAAGCAUUAAAAGAAGUUUGUUUUAAUGUGCCAAAAGAUAACAGAAUCAUUUUAGAGGUGUCACAGAUCACGGAUACAGACACACAGAAUGUUAUUCUUAUGCUGGCAAGAUGUUUACCACAUAUCGUACCCAAUGUACUGUUGGCUAAAAGAGAGGAGUUAAUCCCCCUAAUUAUCUGUACAGCAAUGUUACAUCCAGACAGUAAAGAGAGGGACAAGUUGCUCAAUAUUUUGUUCAAUCUAAUCAAGAAACCUGAUGAAGAACAGAGACAUAUGAUACUGACAGGGUGUAUAGCAUUUGCUCAGCAUGUGGGACCAACAAGACUGGAGGCUGAGUUAUUACCUCAGUGCUGGGAACAGAUCAGUCACAAGUAUAUGGAGAGAAGGUUGCUAGUAGCCGAGGCGUGUGGAGCACUAGCUGGGUAUAUUCCUAGUGAGUUACGUAGUUCUCUGGUAUUGUCGAUGCUACAACAGAUGUUACAGGAUGACAAGGAGGCCGAUGUUCGGGAAGCCGUUGUCCGAAGUCUCGGACUUAUUAUUGGUUUUAUAUCUGACAAGGACAAGUAUCCUCAGGGUUCAGAAUUGUUGAAAACUGCACUGAGGGACCCUGCAGAGAAGGUCGUGACUUCAGCCAAGCAGAUAUUCUUGCCAUCUUUUGCAAUGUGGGCUAACGAGCUGGGCAAGUUGGAACACAGCUUGUUACACGGGAUACUGCGUGAUCUAGAAGAACUAGUUAAGGCUGCCAUUACAUCCCAGAAGUCUCCAGGGGGGAUGAUACCCCUAAAUGAGGGACGGUUCCUGCUGCAUGUGACAACACUGGAAGAGCUGGUUCCCUUCCUGUACGUGUCUGUCUUAGAAAGUGGACCAUAUACUGAUAGACUGCAGGAAACCAUGGCCAGCAUGGCAGAUGGAGAAUCUAAUGCAAAAUUUACUGGGUCCAGUUCACCACUGACAGAUAUGACAACAGUGGCAGGAAACAGGAAACGUUUGGUUGCCAUGGUGAAACUGUUUGAAGAACAUAUAGAUCAAGAAUGGUUUGAGCCCUGGGAUAAUCUCAGCUGGGUUGUAAAUAAUCUCAUACCAAGGUUGUUGGAGGUUGUGACGGGAUCAGCUGUGACAUGUCCUAGAAUUGUCUCCUGCCUUGCAAAAUGUUUCUAUAAAAUUUCCACCACCUUUGGGAAAACAUUCGUGGACAAAAAGUUGGUUUGAAAGUUCAUCUUAAUGAUACUAGGUCAAGUUCGAACUGAUCCAUCCAACAGUUUUACAUCCAAUUCUACACCAUUUACAACAUGUGUGGUUCCUGUCUAUGCAAGUGGUGUACUCAGUGCCUUUAAUACAGAAGAAGACAAGAAACAAUUAUCACAGUUUUUAAGAGAAGCUCUUUUCUGUUUAUCCUUAUAUCAGGCACCGAAAGACAGUCUCCGGAUUGCUAUCACAGAAUUAUGUGCAUCUUCCAGUAAUCAUGAGUUGUUGCUGGAUGUCCUAUGGGAAGGAGUGGUGCAUUCUUCUGCCCAGGUCAGAGCAACAGCAGCAAGACUGUUUGAGAUUGUUAUGCAUAGUGUGAAUGAAUCUCUAGCUUCAACCAGAUGUGUUCCUGCUCUUGUUACACUUGGAAGUGACCCUGUUAUUUCUGUAAGGAUUGCUACAAUUCCAGCUCUUGGCACAAUAAUAGAAACUGUCACCACUAGAGAGAUUUUAGAGAAAGUAUAUAUGCAGCUUCAGACAUUCCUUGAUGACCCAAUUUACAGGGAGGAACAUGCUUUACAUCUUGAAUUGGUUUCAACAUUUGCACGUGUUGGACCUAAUGCUGAACAGAAAUUCAGAGAUGAAUUUAUGUUACCACGGUUGACGGCCAUGGCGCUAGAGAAUAAUAAUCAAAUGAAUGAUACAAAGAAGAAAGAAAUGGCACUUCAGUUGUUUGAGGCAUAUAGUGCACUGUCAUGCUGCUUCAUCAAUUACCAACUGGUUCAGGAAGCCAUGUUACCUGGACUACGAUGUUUGAAACAGGAUAUGUCCCAGAUUGCACCGGAACACGAGGAAGUGAUAGCCUCCAUGAUUAAAGAGUACCAGUCUAAAAUAGAAACAUCAAGACCUGCUGACAAGAGUUCGAGUUUCACGGGGAAUUUCGCAGCUACAGGUGAAGAUAUGAAAGCUAGAAUGAUGAAUAAACUGAAAGAAUCUACCACUAAAGCCAAUAUCACAAGUCUGUUCAAUAGAAAGAAGUAAAUUACCAAACGGUCCAUUGGGAUACACAACUACGUAAAUGUGAUAAAAGUUACAAGAUGAAACAAAGUAUAAUGCAAAAUGUGAUACUUCUCCAGAUUUAUUUCUUUAUCGAGGAUGUGACCUAUAUCGUGCAAAUACGCUUUUUUUCAUUUUCGAUUCUACUGUGGCACAAGAUUUUUAUGCCCCCGAAGGGAGGCAUAUUAGUUUUCAACUGUCCGUCCGUUCGUUUGUCACAAUGUUAACUUUUUCCAUGAAGGCACUUUACUCGCGAACCACUGCACCCAGGACCUUCAAACUUCAAAUGCUGAUAGUACUUAUUGAGUACACGACCCCUACUGACUUUGGGGUCACCAGGUCAAAGGUCAAAGCGCUGCGGGGACAUUUGUCACCAUUAGUGACAGCUCUUGUUGUUCUCAAGUUUUUGCCUAUAAAUUGAUAUUUUUGUUUCUGAAACAUGAUUUUAUCGUAACUAAUACAAGGUAGGAAAAUCUUUUCACAAUACGAUUAAAAGUAAAACUUCACUAUUAUCAUGAUUAUAAUUGUAUGUGUAUUUGUUCUCUCACACUAAAAAGAAGUGGUGUUGUAAAGGAAAUAUUGUUGUUACUAGAUUAUACAAAUCAAUUAUUACACAUAUCACGAUUCAAAGUACAUGUAUGUACAAGUCAUGUUAUGCAACUUACUGUUCGUUUAAUGUAUCAAUGUUAGAUAUGUUCUAAUUCUAGCAAUAUCGUAUAUGUUGUGUAAAUGCUCGUUUAAAACGGGUCAUUCAACCGUGAGAUAGUCUUCGUUUUCUGUUUUGGAUGAAAGUCUUGUUUUUGGAUGUUGUUUAACGCGAAAGUGUUAUUCUGUGUAAAGCAUAUCAUUGAUGUGUUAGGGACAUUUCCCACCGGUACUAAAAACUGAAAAAGUACGGACAUAGAAUAAUUACGAAACGCAGCUUCUUUCAAACUGCAUUUUAUACCAGGUAAAAUGUCAGAUUUGUUAGUUUUAGAUAUGCCAAGAGUAUAUGUGAUUUGAUAUCCCACCUAUGGAUAUUGCUAAACAGAAAACUUUAGCCAGAAUAUCUCGUGCUAUUGCAACUGUCGCGAUUUUCUAGAGCUUUUAGUGCGCCGUUAAACCCUAACCAAACCAAAAGAGCUUUUCUCGCGGCAAAAUUCAUCUGCUGUCCUGUUCUCAUGUGAAGACUUUUUGUGGGUUUUUAGCCAAUAUGAUAUAUAAACUUAAGAGUUAAUGUACAAGAUGUUUUUGAUCGAGUAAACAGUAGCAAGGGUUAGUGAUGUGCGGUCAGAUCUGUCUUUUGAAUAAUUCCUUUCAUGAUUAUAUUUUUAAAAGUUGUCCUAUUCACUCCUAAAAAUUCUUUAAUUGCCAAUUAAGAACUGUAAACGUUGUCUCUGCCUGCUUUAUUUUGUUGUGAACUUUAGAGAAAUUACAUGAGACAUUGAUAUUUAUUUUUGCUGUUGCAAAAGUUUGUUUAAGAUAAAUUAUGGAAGCCACCUGACUGAGUUUAAUGAAUGACAUGUGUUGCUUUUUGUGAUAUGUUAAAUUGUAGUAUAUUGUUAAAAUGCAUUUUAAGCAUUCCAUUUAUAUACAUUUUAUAGAUAUUUAUGUAUUAACAUUGAAGCUUUCUCUAUUGAAAUAAAUAGAAAACACAUACCUCG